AUGGGAGACUGGAAGGAAAAGUUAGGCCCUGGGAUCGGAGCCGCUGUUGCCGGAUUUAUUGCGUUCCCCGCCCUCGCUGUCUUGGUCCUUUACAUCAUGGGUCGGAUAUAUAACGUAAGCCUCGGAGAGAUAUUCGGCCAAAUACGGGACGGGUUCCGUGGUUCCAAGCCUUCACUCCACUGA